AGCUUCGCCGGCGUCCCCCGCCUCUAUAAAGGAGGAAGCCGCUCGCUCGGCCCGGCUCAGCCGCGCUACCUUCCUCGCUGUCAGCUGGUCGCCACCGCCACCGCAGCCUGUUCUGACUCUGAGACGGGAAGAAGAUGAAGAUGAAGCUGCUGCUCGUCGCUCUGCUGGGGGUCGUGGCGUUGGUCUCUGCGGCCGUAGCCUCUCCUUUCCACGACCCGGAGCUGUCGCCCGAGUGGGAGUCCUGGAAGGAGUUCCACGGCAAGACCUACGGCGAGAAUGAGGAGGGCUGGAGGAGGAUGAUUUGGGAGCAGAACCUCAAGAAGAUCGCGGUGCACAACCUGGAGCACUCCAUGGGCAAGCACACCUGGCGCAUGGGCAUGAACCAUUUCGGGGACAUGACCGGGGAGGAGUUCCAGCAGGUGAUGCUGGGCUUCAGGGGCUGGAACGGCACCAGCAAGGCCCCCCGCGGCGCCACGUUCAUGGCGCCCGCCUUCUUUGAGGCCCCCGAAUCCGUCGACUGGAGGAAGCAGGGCUACGUCACCGACGUCAAGAACCAGGGCGACUGCGGCUCUUGCUGGUCGUUCAGCACCACGGGCUCCCUCGAGGGGCAGCACAAGCGCAAGACUGGAGUGCUCGUGUCGCUGAGCGAGCAGAACCUGGUGGACUGCUCCUCGACCGAGGGCAAUCACGGCUGCAAUGGAGGACUCAUGAUCAACGCGUUCAACUACAUCAAGAAGAACGGGGGCAUCGACUCGGAGGAGUCGUACCCGUACAAGGGACAGGUCGAAACGUGCAAAUACGACCCCAAGAACAAGGCCGCGGAGGUCACCGGCUACGUGGAAAUUCCCGAAGGGGACGAGGAGGCCCUCAAGAACGCCGUGGCCUCCGUUGGCCCGGUGUCGGUCGCCAUCGACGCCAGUCUUAACUCCUUCCUGUACUACAUCUCCGGCAUCUACAAGGACAAAUUGUGCAGCCACAUAAUUAACCACGCCGUGUUGGUCGUGGGCUACGGUGUGGAUGAGAAGGGAGACAAAUUCUGGCUCGUCAAGAACAGCUGGGGAGUCCAAUGGGGAGAGAAGGGAUACGUGCGCAUGGCUCGUGAUGACAACAACCUGUGUGGCAUCGCUGUUACUGCUAGCUACCCACUGGUGUAAUAAUCAGCUGGUCUGCUUACCUCCUAACACUAGAGAGAGAGAUAUAGCACAACUCAAUGUCCCAUUGGUAAUUCAAGUAAAAACCAUGUUAAAGCGUUUAGCUCCCCAAACGAGCAAUUCCUUGUGUUCAGUUCUAUUAGAGACCCUAACCCAGAGGUGGAAAGUUGACCAUGAUGGGGCAGUGGA